CGUAGUUUUAAUGUAAACAUGGUGUCUGACAGCGACAACGACGAGGAUUUUGUAACUUUUGGAACGCCAUUGGAGCCCUUGGAGGAAGAUGAGCCCCCCAGGAAGCCGGUCCCGCUGCACGAACAGACGGUGAAGGAUGAGAAGGGACGGUACCAGCGGUUCCAUGGAGCCUUCACCGGAGGCUUCUCAGCUGGUUACUUCAACACUGUCGGCUCCAAAGAAGGCUGGACCCCAUCAACCUUUGUGUCGUCACGGCAACAGAAGGCUGAGAAGCAUCAUGCCAGACCAGAGGAUUUUAUGGACGAAGAGGAUUUCAGCGAGCAUGGCAUUGCCCCCAAAGAGAUCACCACCAGUCAGGAGUUCUCGUCCAGUCGCAGGGACGAGGCUGCAGAGAAGGCGAAAGCCGUCAGUGCUCAGGCAGCGCUGAUCCCCGGAGACACGCUGCUGGAGGAGCUGAUUGCACCUGCCAGAUUGUCCAUUGGGGUGGAGCUGCUGAGGAGGAUGGGCUGGAAGGAAGGUCAGGGUGUGGGGCCUCGAGUGAAGAGGAAGCCUCGCAGACAGCAGACUGAAAGUGGUGUGAGAACUUACGGCUGUUCGUUGCCUCCUACUGGUUCAGAGGAUUCAGAGGACAAUUACGAUGAAGAGUUUGCUCCAGAGAACGUGACGUUUGCUCCGAAGGACGUGACUCCAGUAGACUUCAGCCCGAGGCCAGGAGUCCAAGGUCUUGGGUACCACGGCCUAGACCCAGGUCGGGCCCUCCUGGGCCGCGGUGCUGAUGAACACAUCGACCUGUUCAGGCCUCAGUCUGACAUGAGGAGUCAUCUGUUUGGAGACACAAAGAUCAACUUGAGAAGAGGAGGAGUUGCUGGGCAGGCCUUUGGUGUGGGGGCGCUGGAGGACGAUGAUGAGGACGUGUACCACAGAGACUCCAUGUCUAAAUAUGACACUGUUCUGGGCGGAGAGGAACCAGGAGAUGGCCUGUACGGCUGGACAGCUCCGCACCAGUACACCAAGAGGAGAGAUAGAAGCAAAGAUGCUUCAUACCUCGGUAAGAUCCUAGAGGGGUUCACUCUGGCCCAGAAACCUCCUGAGGAGAAAACUGUCUUCCCUCCUCCCUCUCUGCCCAGCAAUUAUCGUCCAGUUCAUAAUUUCCGUCCUCAAAUCCAAGUUUCUAGACUUUCUGGAGUCAGUCCGGUGCUGGCUGAGGCUCUGAAGUCAUCCAGGGGUCACAUGAUCAAAGAGGAGCCCCAGCAGGUUGGACGCCACCAGCUGGACUCCAGCCAGAGGAGGACGCUGUUGGGAGAAGACUCCCUGAAAGGUCCCGGUUCAGUCAUGGAGCUGCUGAGACCUGAAGACAGACAGCGUCUACUCAGCAUGCGAAACUCUUCCACUCAAAAAAACAGCACCCCAGACCCUCCAAACACCACGCGUGCCUCUCCGCUGGGGGUGACUCCACCCUCUGCCGGCCUGCAGCAGCAACAUGAGGCUCUGGCAGCGUGGAGAGGGAGCCACGCCUCACUGCAAACCUUCAAACCAUUUGAGAAGAACCCCAGCAAGCAGGCACGAUACGAACUGUACCUGAGCCAACUACGACAGGGAGACAAGGAUGCUCUGGAACAGAGUUUGGACCUGACUAUGACAGAGUGGGAGCGCAGCAGGGAGCGGGAGGAGUUUGUCCGAGCCUCCAUCUUGUACAGACCCACCUCCUCCUCGCUGUCUUCACGCUUCACUCGGGCCCAGCAUCAGGAGGAUGAGAACACCGUGGAGGUCAACCGGGACGAAGAGGGCGAUGUGGAGGACAAACAGACAGCUGUGAAGAUGAAAAUAUUUGGAAAACUAACCAGAGAAACGUUUGAGUGGCAUCCUGACAAAUUGCUGUGCAAGAGGUUCAAUGUUCCCAACCCGUACCCCGGGUCAAGUGUGGUGGGUCUGCCCAAGGUGAGGAGGGACAAGUUUUCAGUCUUUAACUUCUUGACAAUGGAGAGCCGAGAGACAGCAGAACCUCCGAAGCCUCCAGAGUCGGGAAAGAAGUCCAGGUGGGAUGUUUCAGAACAGAGGGACGAUAAGAAGAGUGACGAUUCUCUGAGUGAGCUGCUGAAUGCUGCACAGAACCAGACUGAAACCAAACCGGACCAAGGUUCUGCUCCUGAGGCACCUGCCUCCAACCGCAGCGGUGACACAACUCCUGCCAACAAGGCGAAGGAGGAGUCAGCGGGUCUGCAGAGCUCAGACACAAAAACAGACCGUGAUGAAGAGGAGGAGGAGGAGAGCAGGCCUCCCAUUGACUUGUUUAAAGCUAUAUUUGCCAGCUCUUCUGAUGAGAAGUCCUCUUCAUCAGAAGGAGAAAGUGAGGAUGAGGAUGAGAAAACGGAUGUAAAGGAGGAGGAAGGAAAGAUGGAGUCGCAAGCAGCAGACGUCUUCACUGUCCCUUCCUCCUCCUCCUCCUCUUCCUCAGGCGACACGUCCAACCUCCACACAGCUGCAGCUUCCUCUCAGAUGUCUGCGCAGCAAGGGGAGGAGUUUGGCCCGAAGCUGCCGCCUCCUUCAUCAGCUCUCGGCAGAGGAGACACUACCUCUGUCUGCGCCCCCAGAAAGAAGCAGGUCAUCAAAAAGAGCAAGGAGAAAAAACACAACAAGCACAAACACAAGAAGGACAAGAAGAAAAAGAAACCCAAGAAGCACAAACAGCAGAAAAAGAAGAAGGAGGAGGAGUCACACAGUGAUGAAGAUGAUGCUUCGGUGUCAACAGACAAACUGCUGAAAAGGCUGAAGAGCAUCCGGACCCAUCAGACCUGGUAAACCUGCAGGAGCCCCGUCCUCUGUGAGGACCACCUGUCAGCUGCUGUCAAGUUUUUAUUCAAAUAAAAUCUGCUUUAUUAA